AUGGCUAUCUAUUCAUUUUGGAUUUUUGACAGACAUUGCAAUUGCAUUUUCGAUCGAGAAUGGACACUAAAGACAAAUCCAUCGAGUGGAACCACGAACUCCAAGCUCAAUGAAGAUACUGCUAAACUUCUUUAUGGUAUGAUCUUUUCGCUGCGAUCAAUUUCUCAGAAAUUGGGUAGUUUAGACAGUUUUAACGAAAUAAGGACCAUUGCCACAGCCAAGUACAGAGCUCAUAUCUUAUGUACAGCAUCAGGACUAUGGUUUGUACUUCUCAGUGACUUGAAACAAGAAGACCUGUCGCAAGUGCUGCGAUACCUAUACAGUGAGAUCUAUGUGAAAACGGUAGUUUACAAUUGGCUGUCACCGGUGGAUUUUGCAGAAACUGCGAAUGAAAAAAGAGGUCAAGGUUUCAGAAAGAUUCGCAAUCGCCAGUUUCUGCUAGCUGUAGAACAGUUUCUGGGGCCGAUGGUCAAUUAG